AUGUCCCACGCCCAAUCUGGGGGCAUAUUUCCCUCUUCUGGCUCUGGACAUCUUAACUCGCCUAGCGCCCAGCUGGCUACCUUUUCCCCAUUCCCGGAGGACCUAGGCUAUCUACCCGACUCAAGCCCCUUGACAUCUCGUGCUCUUGACUACCGGACCAGGGAUCCAUUCAGAGGAUUCAGCCAGGUCACUCAGGCAGAACAGCAGGCUCUACAAUCUGACAGUGCAGCCAUCGACUCUAUGACUGUUUCGGGCUUCUCGAGCCGUUCCACUUAUCGAACAUCGUCGGAUAUAAACUAUGGCGCCCUGUCGGGUGCAUGCGCUAGUUCUGACCGCCAGGGGAACCUGAUGAGCCCUAACUACUCGCCGGUCCAACUUCGCACCGUUGGAAGGGCUUCGGCUUCGCGAGCACAUGGCCGCAGAUUCCUGGUUCAGAAUGUAUCUACUGAUAUUGAAUGCUUGGACCUGCUCAAGCAGCUUCCGAAGAAAAACUAUCCAACCAUGAUCGGGCCUCAGACCAUUGACCUUAACACCAAAGGUCGCUUCUGGGUUGGAUUCUUGGAUAUUCGUGAGGCAAAGUGCUUCGUUACCAUGGCUGAAUCCGAGUAUUACGGCUGGGAGGUCAUUCCCAUCACUUUGGAAGAUUUUAACCGAGAGACGCGGAUCCUACUCCCAAUGCCUCAAAACUUCGACGACUCCGUCUUGGUCACCCUCUAUUGCGGGAGCCGCUCUAACGUGAAUCCCGCAAAUGUCGUGAACAAGGUGAAACCGAUAAUCGAUCUCAUUGGGGACGUGCACUCUAUCCAGGAAAUCCAUUUCGGACACCCCUCGCGCGGAGCUCGCCUAACUGUGCAUGAACUGAUCGCCCGUUUUUUUAAUAACCACAAGGCGACGAAUGCAGUCCGAGUUCUCAACUCGAUCAGAACUGGGGAUUUCAUUAUGGAAGUAAUCCCAUAUUAUCCCGAAUCAGAAAACCAGGCCCCUCGUCACUGGGCUUCGACUGGCAAGAAUCGACGUGAGAUACUCUCGCAGCCCGGAACUCCGCCACAGCGGCGAGCAUACCUAUCACCAGGUGGUGAUCCUGAUAGUUCACCGAUCCCUGUCCCCGAUCGAGGCCUGGCACACAUCCAUGCAAUUAACUCUGGUCAAAUUCAUUACGAAGACGCUCGUACCACGGUGGGUGCACAAAAGGCAGUUGGCGCUCAAAUAACACUCACGAAGACUGACUUGUUUCCACUGAAAAAGAUCAUGCUGCGGAAUAUUCCGGCCCCUAUGACUUGGAUGGAAUUGAAGAGGAUUCUUGAUACUACCAGCCUUCACCGCUACAAUUUUAUGUAUUUGCGAAUGGAUUUCGAACACAACCAGAACGUCGGUUAUGCCUUCGUCAACUUUGCCUCGACCAAGGAUGUUCAUUCGUUUAUCGAUGCCCGCGAUGGCCGUAACUGGCCUGGAUUCCAUAUCCAUCACGACAAGAUUGCUGAAAUGUCCUAUGCAACUGUGCAAGGCAAGGAUGCGCUCGUGGAGAAGUUUCGGAACAGCCCUGUGAUUCUCAAUGCUUUGGACAAUCGCCCCAAGCUAUUCCAUAUGGAUGGUCCCUUUGUAGGCCAAGAAGCUACGUUUCCGCCGGUCAACAACUUCUACAUCCUGGCCAAGGGUGUCGAUCGUAGCCAGAAAAAUGGCCUCUAUCGCUCCGGUCCUCGGGUAGAUCCUCAAAUCGGAAACCGAUACUAUCGCUACCCGGAUGACGCUGAAGCUGUGCAGGGUGCUGUGCCUGACCGAGAUCAUGGAUCCCCCAUACGUGCCUCCCGAGGUGCUUUCGACACACGCCCAGCCCAUUCUACCCUACAGCGGUACAGCAUCAACCCUGAUGAGCCCCGCUCGGGUUAG